GAUCAGAAGGCCCUUGACCACUGCCAAGGCAUUACUCGGUAAUAUAUUGUGCAUACUUUUCUUCACCAAUGAAUGUGAGAAAGGGAAGAAAACAAAUCUAAUUAAAGGCUAUACUUUACUAAAGGUCUUUCAUGAGACUGAGGGGCCUGAACCCGUCAAAGUGGAUCUGUGAAAAAAGGCCCCAUGCCAUACAAAAAGAUGGAACGUCUUGUGGGGCGUAUGUGCUGAAGUUCGCCAAAUGUGUCUUGGAGGGAUUGCCUCUACAGUUCAACACAUCACCCACAGACAUCAACAAAUUAAGAGAGGAGAUUGUGCUUUCUCUUAUUUUGAACACAGACGACCUGCAGGACCUGUGCCACAGCUGUGGGGAACAGACUGGGGACACACAAUGGAUCGGGUGUGACCGGUGCCUGCGCUGGUUCCACCAGACCUGCGUCCAGUACACAGUUGGCCAGGAAGACUACAUUUGUGCAGCAUGUCAAUAGGAUUUGUUUGUAAAUAUUUUCAAGAAGGUGUACAGUAUGUCUGACUAUUGUUGUUGUUUUUUCUCUUUUCUUUUCCUUUUUUUCAUGUUUUAAUAAUAUGUUGAGAACACCGUUUUUCUGUGCCAGCAGAAUGGUUAGUCAUGGGCCAUAGUGUAUGGACAAGCUGCUGUAGUCAAAUCGAUUUGUCAUGUUGUCCAUUGACUACUACACUUAACACUUCCGAAUUAUUUGAUAACUGUAUUCACCUUUGAGUUGGGAAGACGGUGUCUUGUUGUUGGAAUAAAUAUCUUCCCCAAACUUUGAGUCCAGUUAUUAAGAAUCGCAAGUGGACACUGGUCCGAAACGUGUUACUCUAUAGAACAGUGACGAUGUCAAACAAAGGCUUGUUGUUAUGACAUUACAUUUGAAUCAUGUACUUACAGGGUGAAAGACUUUUUUCCAUGUAUUUCAGUUCAAAGGCCAAUACUUGCCAAAGUUUCUGAGGUGAUCGUGGAGGGUGGUAGUUGUAUGUACAGUGAAUUUGAUGCAGCUGAUCAUCUGUAGAGUUAUAGGGGGGCUGUCAUAUUCUGUCAAGGCGUUGCAUGAAUGGGCCUGUCACCUGUAAGUCAGGAUUGCGAAGAGUAAUGCUCGCCAAAGAGAUGUGAUCAUGGCCUCACCUCAUUACCCAUGUUAAGCAUGUAUUCAUUUUCAGAAUCAGAGGCCAAUUACGUAUUGAUGCUUUGAAUUAAUCAAGCAUUACAUUUUAUGUUAUGUUAUGUAUUCUAAUAAUGUGUCAAAUUAUUAGUGAAAUAUGAAAAUUGUUUUAUGUGAUGGGCUCUCUUUAAGAUCAGGUCAGCGUGAAGACACAGGACCCCAGGAGAAAAAUCCAGGUGAGAUAAUUAAGACGUUUUUCUGUGUGGAUAAGUUUUAAACGAUUGCAACUUGCAAGAUUAUUGUUGUGCAUGUUACUCUUCAACAGGGAUUGGUGUAGUGUCAUCUGACUGGUCCCGACUGAAAGAUACUCAUGGAAUAUUACAUGCAAUAUUGCAAUCCAAAAUCUACUAUGAGCUAACUGGGAUGUGUGAUUAGGAGAGAAUAUUGGUAUGUGAUUCUUAACCUUGUCUUUGGCCUGGUUGUGUGCGAGACUGGAUAAGUGUUGGUGGGUUGGUACUGUUUGUUAUUAAAUGAUUGCUGACUCUAUGACUUGAUGUGAAGGGCACAGUGACCUCCAGAUGUGUCAACAGGCCUGAUGUGGUGACACAAGUUUGUGCCUUAAUGAAGAUGCACUUUUUUGUGCAAAAUUUACUUUGAAGUCCAUUUUAAGUGGAAAAUUGUUGGAAGUAUGGACAUUUCUGACCAUGUUUGUUUAUAGGUGACCGUUGGGAAGAAGCAACCAGUGGAAGACAGCUUCUUAUGCAUUAUAUUGAUGUCACUAAUACAUUUCAUUAUUGACGCAUCUGGAAGAGUCUUGGGUUGUGUGUAAUUAUGUGGUCUGGACAAGCAUGCCCGGAAGCCAGAUUGUGUGUUGCCUGUUGUAGGUCUGGGCUUAUGUGUGCAGGUUUGUGUUGGUGUUCCAAGCAGACGGAGAAGACAAGGGCCAUGGAUGAGAAAGAGGUGACACGGUGAUCUGGAUAACCCAAACCAGGCAGAGGACCCAGAGAGUACAUGCAUAGUCAUAACAUAAUAAAUAAAUAAUCUCUGUUAGCAUAUAAUAACUUUCGGGUUCAGGGAAAUUCAGGAUUGGAUCAUCAUGUUUUAGGGUGAGAGGAUUGAACCCAGAGCUCUG